UGGAUGUCCGAGGUGCAUUGCAUCGCCGACCACUGACAGCGAAUAAGGGUCGUUCGAUGCCUUUCCCGCUUAACGGCUCCAGAAUCGGAACAAGAUGUCGACCCCAACUACUUCUGCCGCUGCCGCUGCCGCCACCGCCGUCGUCUCGCCAGCAAAUCUGAAAGCAAAUCUCAAGCCACAGCCAGCCAAACUUGCCAUUACCCCUAUUUCCGCCGCAUCCUCCCCCGCCUCAGCUCUUUCACCUGUUUCAAACGUAUCCACGCCCACGUCCGCCCAUCCGCUUAUCAUCAAACCCGCCACUACCCUUCUACAGAACACCGCCAUGGCGACCGCCGCCAUCGCCAAAGGCUCCAUAACUAGCAAAGAAUGGGUAAUCCCGCCCAGGCCGAAGCCCGGUCGAAAGCCUGCUACCGAUACUCCGCCGACGAAGCGCAAGGCCCAAAACAGGGCCGCCCAGCGCGCAUUCCGCGAGAGGCGAGCCGCUCGCGUCGGUGAAUUGGAGGAACAGCUGGAGGAACAGAAGGAAGAGCACGACCGUUCGCAACAGCAGCUACGUGACCAGGUCCAGGGACUAGAAAGCGAAGUACAGACACUGCGAAGUAGAUGCGUCGCCCUCGAGGACCUUCUUGAGAAGGAGCGCUCCGAACGCUCCAGGAUCGCUAACGAACUCGACGCGCUACGACGAAGGUGGAAUCGAGAGGGCUCGAGGGUAUCGUCGAGGAAUGGAAGUUUCGCUCUUCACCACGGAGGGGGCCCCAGUUCGCUCAAUGGGCCCCAGGGAUCUCGAGGAAGUGUUUCGAAUACUGCAUCCGAUCACCGCAACUCGAACACGGCUUUCUCCAUAUCCCGGAUCAUCUCGCCUCCAGAUUCGUCGGAUUCCCCGGUCGCCUCUCACGAGUCUCCCGCCGAUCCCGCGGGUUGCGGCAACUGUGAGGCUAAUGGGCCGUGCGUAUGCGUCGACGAGGUUCUCGCCGCUCCCGUCGGGUGCGGCAAGUGUGCGGUCGGCACCAAGUGCGAGUGCAUCGAAGCUGUGCUUAAGGGGCCCUCUCCGAAUUCGGAUUCCGAUCUCAAGCGCAAGUCUUCGUCGAUCCCUGCGUUGGAACCAGACGAGAAGAGACAGAAGAUGCCUGACCCCUAUCCUAAUGAGAUAGACUUCACCCAUGUAUUCUCGAAGAAGAAGCCGGCUGUCGCCGAGCCGGUCCUGUAUCAACCGGUCGCGCAAGCAACGGUGCCGCCGCGUGACGGUUGUGGCUUCUGUAAAGAAGGCACUUAUUGCAUGUGCGCCGAGACCGCCGCGGCGCAGUCUCUUCCCCCGGUUUCUCACCAAGUUCAAACCCCGCCGCCUUCGGAGAACGAUGUCGGCCCCACCCCUAUGGAAUUCACUUCUACGGGGGCGGUCAAGCUUCCUGGUAUCAAUUCGCUGCAUCGCACGUCGAUCCCGGCGGUACGGUCCUCGGCCGGUUGCAGUCCGAAUGGACCUGGAACCUGUGCUCAGUGUCUGAACGAUGCCAAGUCCGGACUCUUCUGCCGCAGUCUUGCCGCAACCUUCGCCCAUGAUGCGAGCGGGUCCGGCAGUGGAUGCUGCGGUGGUUCCGAGGGAUCUGGCUGUUGCAAGUCCACUGACGGAGCAACGACCGUCUCCACCCCGUCACUUGGCCUCAGUGUGUCAUGCGCAGAUGCCUAUAAGACGCUAUCUAGUCACCGCAAUUUCGAGAGAGCCGCGGACGACAUCGGGACAUGGCUUCCCAAGCUUAAGGCUAUCCCCCAGCUGGCGAAUACGCCUACGCGACUACCUAUAGAAGUCGAGACGGCUAGUAUCAUGGGCGUGCUAAAGGAGUUUGAUGUUAGAUUUGGACGAGACGCCUAAGCCGUCUCUAUACUCUUGGGAGGAAAGGUGGGAAGCCCA